AUGAAGGUUCACAUCUCUCUGUUGUUUUUGAUACAGGCGGUAAAAGUACUAUCCAGUCUUUUCCCAUAUAACUGCACUGUAAUGGAUGACUACGAAGAGAAUCCACAGAGUUUAACGGAUGAAGUCCUGUUACAUGCAGAUAUUGAGGACGUCUUAAAGCUCUUGGAUAUAGAUAGAAGAAAUAUGAUUAGUAUAAAUGAAAGGGUGUGUUCUGAUGAAACAGAUUCUAUAACAGAAAGUAAAAACAGGAUAGCACUGGACAUAUAUGGGCAAUUAAUAGACACGAAAGACCAAAUACAAAUUUCAGCAGACACUGUCACCAUAUACCUAAGGCGGCUCCAGGAAUUAACAAAAAAAAUAAGCGAGUUAAAGAGUAUAAAAAGAAGCACUGACCAGAACAUAGAACAAGAAAUAAAAAGGGUAAAUCAUGAAGUGCACGAAAUAAGCCAAUUAUUCCAGCUAGAGCUGGAAAAUAAAGAACUUCUUCAGAAAGAGAAGAUCUCUCAGCUUAGAAUGGCUGAAGAAUUUAGAAAAAUCAUAAGACAGCAUGCUGAAACUCUACAAAUUAUUUUAAAUAGCAAAAAAUAUGAAAUAACCCGAAAUGCACCACCCAAGCCGCCCAGAAAAAGAAAGGAAUACAUUUUACGGUUUAAGAACAAGUACCUUAUUUCUCUCCAGAAAAAAAAGAGUAUUCUGCUAAAUUCGGUUAUUGAAAUUUUCUAUCAAAAAGCCAGAGAAGAUUUGGACAAAGCGACUAGUCAGAUAGAAAGCCAGCUCUGCUAUCUUUUAUUGUAUGACUAUCAGUGCACUCAUAUUAAUUAUAGAGAAAAAGUAAAGAAUUUCAUAAAUACUGUAAAGAGCUAUACCAUAGAAGAGUGGGAUGAGGAGAGAUUUUGCAAGGCACUAGACAAAGCAUUUCUGUCUCUUUUGAUGCUAGAUGAGAACAUGAGCAUGGAAGAGCUAAAAACAGUUCUUGCAAUUAUUAGUAAGUUGUACGAUAAAAACACUACUUAUGUUAUGUCUCUAUGUGAAUUUACAGAAUGUUUCUACAGUAUUUUGAAUGUCCACCUGCUUAUUAACUGCGGGGCAUCAGAAGAGGCGUUUGAGCUAACAAAGACACUAUUUAAAAAUUUACAGACUUCUAUUAAUAUAAGAAGCACAAGGGACGAAAUACAUAAAAUAUGUGAAGUAUUCAACAAAUUAAACAAUUCUUUUAUGAUGUACAGAUACCCCGUGCCGUAUUUGCUCACUUGCCAUCCUAGAAACCGAGAUGACAGCAGGCAGUAUUGGAAGUACCAUAGAGACAAGUAUAGCAGAAUACAUCAGUUUAUGAGUGUGCAUGAUUCGGCGCAUGCCGUGCCAGAAAGCCUGUUAUUGAUGAAUCUCCAUCCGCUCAUACACAUAAUGCACGAUAAAACUAUUCCCAUGCGAAUAAUUGAGCCAGAGGAUGAUGGGGAUGUUAAUCUGGAUGUGUGCACAGUUGAAAUAGGAUAUGCAGAAGAGGAUAGUGUAGUUUAUCUGACAGACAAUAUACAAUACAAAGAUGCCUGCUAUUUCUGUAGUGCCAUAACCAUAAACAUGAUCAUUGAUCCAAUUCUGCUAAAUGAAGCCAGUAUUCUGAUAGAGAAGUAUGUACAUCCCCAAGCAACUGUUUACUUCAAAGGGAUGAAUUUAAAAGGAAAUGAGGCAAUUUCUGCAUCCAGUGUUCUUUAUGACUGCAUACAUCCACCAUCCCCAAACAAGAAGCAGUUUCUUCUUUCCUGUUUAUUGGAAAGGCUAAACAUGGGAAGAAAGAUAUUUCUACCACUCUUUUCUUCUCUUUCCGUUAUUGCUGCAAGUAUUUUUGCUAUUCUUAUAGACGGUACAUUGUUUUUUGCACUUAUUCCAUUUAUAGUCUUCUUUUCUGGCAUAUUCAGAGCUCUACUUAUUAAAAUAGGAUAUGAAACUAAGGCAGUGAUAUUUGCAUUUAAUUUGAUCAGUGGCUUUAUAAUCGGUCUUAUAUCUCUUUACUCAAUUGAUGUAUUAUUACGUGCAAGUGAUUUAACUGAAAACCUAUACUUAAUCCAAGUUAUAUAUAUAGUGCUAGGUACACUUUCUAUUUUGGGAAUUCUAUCAACAUACUCUAAGGCCAUAAGGCGAUACGCAUAUUCUUAUAAAUACACUGUAUCCAACCUGUUUAAAUAUGGAUGUUAUAUUUUGGGCAUACUUAUGUCUUUGGCAAUUCCAGUAUGCAUGGCAGCUGGAUACACUGGACUAGGCCACGUACUAAUAGGAUGUAAUAUUCCACUAUUUUCAGCAGUGUUUAUAUACAUCGCAUGUGCAUACGAGAAGAUGCAUACACAGCUUAAAAGUGAUAAGUGGGAAAACUUAGAUAUAAUUGUGCAUAUUUUAGCAUGCAUUUCUGCACUUUCUGCAUUAUACGCAUCACAGAUUGUUUCAAUAGAGUGUGGGCUUCUUGAUGCACUUCCAAUAAUUAUAGGACCAAAAAACAGCGCAUUAUCUAUUUUUAAGGAUAGAGCUAUUUCUUACCACAGCAUAUUUAAUACCGAAAAAACAGAAGAAUCACACUCUGCAUUAGACAAAUUGAUUGCACAUCUAUUUCAGAAGUAACCAACUACAUACAGCCCGAUUCUUGUUCAUAAUACAUUUCUAAUGGGAUGCCCCAA